AUGGUUAAGAUCGACGAAAUAUCACGUACUUCAACGUUUGCUUGGAGUCAGGAUUGCUUGCCCUUGCUAGCUACGGGGACGGUCGCAGGAGCCGUGGAUGUAAAUUUUGACUCGACAUCGACUCUUGACUUAUGGGACAUAUUUUCACCUACUAGCGGAAACAAGCCUGUGUUUUCUGCAUCGGUGGACAACAGAUUUUAUGCGUUAGCAUGGUCCAAACCAUUUGAAGGUAGACCAAAGGGACUUCUUGCGGGUGCUUUCGAGAACGGAGUGGUGGAAUUCUGGGACGCAGAAGUCUUGAUCAAGUCCAAAGAUUUAAGCAAGGCAUCAGUGCAUAAGGGUACAAAACAUAGUGGACCAGUCAAAACGUUGCUGUUCAAUCCAAAUCAGGAUCAUGUUUUGGUUACUGGUGGGUCUAAUGGAGAAAUUUUUAUUUGGGAUACAAAGAAAUUCACCGAACCAUCUACCCCAGGUCAGGCCAUGACUCCUAUGGAUGAAGUGACCAGUGUUGCAUGGAACAAUUCUGUUAGCCACAUUUUUGCAAGCGCUGGUAACGGUGGCUACACUUCUAUUUGGGACUUGAAGUCCAAAAGAGAGGUGUUACAUUUAUCUUACAAUGGUCCUUCUGGAAGAGCUAAUUUCUCGUGUGUUGCAUGGCAUCCAACUCAAUCAACAAAAUUAAUCACUGCUAGUGACAAUGAUGGAUGCCCAUUAAUAUUAACAUGGGAUUUGCGUAAUGCAAAUGCCCCUGAAAAGAUAAUGGAAGGUCAUAAGAAGGGGGUUUUAUCCUUAGACUGGUGUAAGCAAGACCCAGAACUUUUAAUUUCUAGUGGUAAGGACAAUUCAACCAUGUUGUGGAAUCCUAUUAAAGGUGAAAAAUUAGGUGAAUAUCAAACCACCGCUAAUUGGGCCUUCCACACUAAGUUUGCUCCUGCAGCUCCAGAAAUUUUUGCUACUUCUUCAUUUGAUGGAAAGAUUAUUAUCCAAUCAUUACAAGAUACUUCUCCACCUGUAUCGACUAAAGUUGCAUCAAAUGAUGAUAAUGAAUUUUGGAAUGAGAUUUCCACAACUGAAAAUCAACAGCCAGUCUUUGAUGUAAAACAGGCUCCAAAUUGGUUAAACGUUCCAACAUCCGUAUCCUUUGGAUUUGGUUCAAAAUUAGUCUCUGUAAAGAAAGACUCUAACGGUAAGUCGGUAGUCAGUGUUGAAAAAUUUGUUACUAAUAAUAACUUCCAAGGAUCGUCUGAUAGAUUGACCGAAGCUUUCAAAGCUAAUGAUUUUAAGUCUAUUAUUGAUUCAAAAUUGGAAGGAAAGUUCGUCAAUAAGAUCGAUCAAUCUGAUUGGGAAUUAUUGAAAAAGCUCCACGAUACAGGUAAGGAUAUAUUAUUUGACGCCGAAGUAAAUGGAAGCGACCAAGAGUUGGUGGAGAGAGGAAAAUCUGAACAAACGGAUGAGAGUGCCAAUGAAGCCAUCUCUUCUACAGAAGACUCGUUUUUCGAUAAAUUGGGGUCUAACAGUGGAAAUGGAACGUCAAAUGAUGUGUCUUAUAUUCCCCAAGGAGACUUUAAAAUUUUUGACUCAAAACAGUCUGACGGCGAUAGAAAGUUAAUUAAAUUGAUCUUGAAUAAAAAAAUUGAUGAAGCCGUCUCAUCAUGCUUGGAACAAGAUAAAUUAGUCGAAGCUUUGAUUUUAGCUUUAGAUAGUUCCGAUACAGUUAAAGAAAAGGUUAGGAAUUCAUUCUUUAAGAAGAAUGAUAAUGAACUUGCCAGAGUACUUUACAGUGCAUCUUCUAAUAACGUUACCGAUAUAGUGUGUCAUGCUGAUGUUGAAAAUUGGAAGGAGAUUGCUAUGAGUAUUUCCUCUUUCUGUGUUGACGUCAACGAAUAUAAUAGUAAGAUGACUGAAUUAGGAGACCGUAUAAUUGAUUCAAAAGGAUCUUCCGAUGAAAAGAGAAAUAACGCUAUCUUAUGUUAUUUAUCAGGUAAUGCGUUAGGAAAGAUCGCUUCUAUAUGGCUUAGAGAAUUACCAGAGCUUGAGGAAGAAUUAUUAAAGUCUAAUGAUACCAAACUCUCAACACCCUCUGAUGCCAGAUAUGAAGCCUUAUCUAAUUUUGUUGAAAAAAUCACGGCUUAUAGGUCGAUAUCUAACAUUUCUGGCGAAUUUGAAGGUCCAUCCAUUGAACCUAUUUGUAAGGCCAUUUUGGAAUACGCUAAUUUGGUUGCUGGAUAUGGACAAUUUGAUUUAGCUGAAAAGUUUUUAGAGUUAGUACCUAGUGACUUUGCAGGCUUGAAAUCUGAAAGAGACCGUAUUUCAAAGGCUUCUGGUAUUAAAACCCAUAAACAAGGUGCUACUCAAUCGAGAAAUAUCUCCCAAAGACCAGGCUUAAUUAAUUCCAACAGUGCUUACGGUAAAACAAAUAUUGUACCUUCAACUGGACUUGGUGGUUUCCAGUCUACACCAAGCAGUGUUGUUCCUCCUAUUAAUCCGGCCUCUAUGCGUUUACCACAAGCUCAAGUACAGACACAAGCACCAAGUACCAAACCAAAUUUACCUUCUGCUCCGGCUGCCAAUCCGUACGUCAAGCCUGCCUCCACUAAUCCAUACAUGCCAGCGCAUGCAUCAAAUUCAUUUGCGAACCCAUACAAGCCAGCAACUCCUUCAGCAACGCAAGCAGCAAAUCCCCUUUCACCACCUCCUCCUGGCCCACCAAAGGCCUCGUAUAAGAGUCAAACUGAGGGAUGGAACGAUUUACCUGAUACUUUUAAACCUAAAGCAGCUCCUCGUCGUGCAGCAGCAGCAGCCGUUUCCCCAUCUCCGGUUCCUUCCAGUCCACUAUUAGCUACUGGUGCCCCUAAGAGAACUUCAGUGGCACCACCAGUUGCACCACCACCACCAAAGGGAGUGAGCCGUAACCAAUCGAAAACUUCAAUAAGUACAUCUAGUGCAAAUUCUCCUCGUCAGAAUCAUGUACAAAUGAAUCUGCGCUAUGCUCCACCCCCAGGUGUAACUUCUACUGCUCCUUCGACCCCUGGAGUAAACGAAUUUCCACCUACAGUUACGACUGCACCUGUUCCACCUCCUAAGAACCCUUAUGCCCCAGCAAUACAAGCUACAUCACCAUCAUUACCUAAGAAUCCAUAUGCACCACCACCUACAACUUAUGGGCAAGCAGGUAUUCCUCAACCAACUAUCCCAACUCCUAAUAUUGCAUCACCUUCUUUGGGAAGGGCUACUACGGCUGCACCACCAAAGAAUCCAUACGCACCACCACCAGCCUCAGUUGCUUCGCCUAAACCAAAUGCUGCUGGAAUCCCAGCUCCGAGAAUGGGUGGAGUUGUACCACCACCUCCUAUGGCCAGCUCUGCUUCUUCAUUCCCACCACCUCCAAGCAUUAGUCAACAGCCACCUGCAGCAAGUCCUUCUAUUACUAAAGCUGCUGAACCAGAACCUCCUAAGUAUCCGCCUGGAGAUAGAUCACAUAUGCCAGAAGAAUCCUUACCAAUUUUUAAUUCAUUAAGUAAUAUCCUUGACGAAAUUAAACCUAAAAUACCAGAAAGAUAUGCUAAACAUGGUGUUGAUAUGGAAAAAAGAAUUAAUUUGUUAUUUGAUCACUUGAAUAAUAGUGAUUUGUUAUCAGAUGAGUCGAUUGCCGCAUUAAAAGAAGUUUGUACUGCUUUAGAAGCAAAAGACUUUGCAACUGCUAACGCAUUGAAUAUUCAAAUCGCUACAAACCACAGUGAAGAGAUUGGUAACUGGCACACAGGUGUUAAGCGCCUUAUUCAAAUGUCCGAAGCAUUAUAG